AUGAUCAGCUUCUUCACAUUCCUCUCUGUUGUGGCUUAUCAGCUUUUCUCAACACAAGCAGUUACAACGAUCGACAUCCGAAACAACUGCCCUUUUACCGUAUGGGCAGCAGCAAUUCCUGGUGGCGGUCGACGUCUCGACUACGGUGGAAAAUGGACACUCCAACCUUCAAACGGUCCAAAUGGAAAACGUAUCUGGGGCCGAACCAAUUGCAAUUUUGACGCAUCUGGCCGUGGUCAAUGUCAAACCGGCGAUUGCAAUGGAGUCCUUGAAUGUCUGGCACCCCCGUAUUGGGAAAAGACUGAAUUUACAUUGAAGGUGACGUGA